AGAACAGAUCAAGCGCGUGAAGGACUCAGAUGAUGUUCCCAUGGUCCUAGUGGGGAACAAGUGUGAUUUGGCCAGAACGGUGGACACCAAGCAAGCUCAGGAACUUGCCAGAAGCUAUGGCAUUGAGUUUGUAGAAACUUCUGCCAAGACCAGACAGGGAGUUGAGGAUGCUUUUUACACCCUCGUCCGUGAGAUCCGACAUUAUCGCAUGAAAAAGCUGGACAGCAGAGAAGACAGGAAGCAGGGCUGUCUGGGCGUGUCCUGUGAAGUCAUGUGACUGCACUGCCUCCCCUUUGUUUUUGUUUUUUGUUUUAUGACCAGGCUGGAAGCCUCAUUACCGCGUGUGUGCGCAGAGUUCGCCCUCUGCUGGCUGAAAGGGAUUCAUGCACAACUGGUCAUCUUUCCUGUUGGCC